CGAUUUAAGAUUUGUAGCCAACUGUGCCUUGCACGGCAUCUACGCCAUUCUAGUGUUUUCGUAUAUCUUUCAGCCCUAAGUUAUCAAUCGAUCAUCAGAAUCAAAACUCCACCCCUCAAAAAAAGUUAAAUCUUAAAUCUAACAAAUCCCCGGCGACGAAAACCUUUACAAUCGGAAAACCGGCUGCCAAAGAAUCAAAACCUUCGGCGCUUUCUUUUUUUCCUCUUGUUUCCUUCUCCUUAUCUUUUCCCAAACCCUCCACAGUUCAUCAGACUUCAGAUUGAGACGUUCAAGCGGUCAUCGAAGAUCGAAGGUUCUCUCUUUCUCUCUCUCGAUCGAUCUUGAUACCAUUUGCAACUACGCUCUGAACCUUCAUGGGCUAAGUGUGGCAUUUCAUGGGAGGUAGAGAGGACGCUGAACCACCUUCAAAACGUGCCAAAGUUCCUUCCGAAGAUUUGGAGAAUUCGCCAUACAACUCAUCUUAUACAAAUUCCAUAUCUGGCUCUUUGGGAGACUCGAUGGCCAGGCCGUUAUACUCCCAAGGAGAUGGAGAAAGGAUUGGUUCAAAAGGACUGAUCAAGAAGCAUGAGUUUGUCAGAAUUUUAACUAGGGCGUUAUACUCUCUCGGAUAUGAUAGGACUGGAGAUCUUUUACAGGAAGAAUCUGGGAUACAGUUGCACCCAUCUGCUGUAAGUUUGUUUAUGCAGCAAGUACUGGAUGGAAAAUGGGAUGAAAGUUUGGCCACAUUGCACACUAUGGGUCUUGCUGAUGAAUCCGUUGCAAAAUCUGCAUCUUUCUUGAUAUUGGAACAGAAGUUUUUGGAGCUUUUAAAAGACGGAAAACUCAUGGAUGCUCUAGGUACUCUAAGGAAUGAGAUUGUGCCCCUUUCCAUCAAUAAGGGACGAGUUCAUGAACUUGCUGCUUCUAUUAUCUCACCUUGUCAGACUGUUGUACUUGGGCUUUCUAGUCAAGAUGCUGGUGAAAACUCAAGGUCAAGAUUUCUUGAGAACUUGCAGAAGUUGCUUCCUGCAGCAGUUAUGAUUCCUGAGAGAAGAUUGGAACAUCUAGUUGAGCAGGCUCUUGACAUGCAGCGAUUAAACUGUGUGUUCCACAACACUUUGGACAGUGAACUGUCCUUGUUGUCAGAUCAUCAGUGCGGGAGAAACCAGAUUCCUUCCCAAACAUCACAGGUAUUGCAUGUGCAUGAGGAUGAAGUAUGGUUCCUGCAAUUUUCUCACGAUGGGAGAUAUUUGGCUUCAUCGUCCAAAGAUCGAUCAGCAGUCAUAUGGGAGGUCAAAGAUAAUGGUCAAGUGGUAUUGAAGCACUCAUUAACUGGUCACCAGAAGCCAGUGUUGACUGUUUCAUGGAGCUCUGAUGAUUGUCAGCUUCUGACUUGUGGACUGGAGGAGGUUAUCAGACGCUGGGAUGUUAGUUCUGGUGAAUGUCUUUAUGUUUAUGAAAGACCAGGUGUUGGUCUUGUAUCCUGUGGAUGGUUUCCAGAUGGUAAGGGGAUUGUCUCAGGCAUGACAGACAAGAGCAUUUGCUUGUGGGAUCUGGAUGGAAGAGAGCUGGAAUGUUGGAAAGGGCAGCGAACGGUGAAUAUAUCUGACAUGGCGAUAACUGAUGAUGGGAAGAGGAUCAUUAGCAUUUGUAAGGAAACUGCCAUCUUAUUACUUGACAGGGAAGCAAAAUUUGAGAGGCUUAUUGAAGAGGAGCAAGUAAUUACUUCAUUUUCAUUGUCAAAGGACAACAAGUUCUUAUUGGUUACUCUUAUAAACCAAGAAAUCCAUCUUUGGAGCAUAGAGGAAGAGGUAAAGCUUGUUUCCAAAUAUAAAGGUCACAAGCGUACUCGAUUCGUCAUCAGAUCUUGUUUUGGUGGAUUUGAGCAAGCAUUUAUUGCCAGCGGGAGUGAGGAUUCACAGGUAUAUAUAUGGCAUAGGGGAACCGGGGAGCUUCUAUCAGCAUUGCCUGGGCAUUCUGGAGCUGUCAACUGUGUCAGCUGGAAUCCAAUAAACCCCCAUAUGUUGGCUUCAGCUAGUGACGAUCAUACUAUUCGAAUAUGGGGUCUCGAUGAUCUCAAGUCUGUAGCUACUCACAGCAAUGGCUUUUUCCACAAGUCCAAUGGAAGAAUUUGAGGUGAUAAUUAAAGAGUUGGAAACUUCCUCGAAAUCAUGAUCGAUCGAGGUUACAUUCUAGCUUUAUCUGUUUGUAUAAAUUCCCAUUUCAUUGGCUUUUCUUUUCUGAAAACAGGCGAUAACUGUGUCAAAUAUGUAGCCUACUGUGCCAAUAAUCCCUUUUAACUCGAUUGCCAUUGUUUUACUUCUAGUGCUGCUUUUCUUUUAUCUGGUCAGACAACUGGUUACAGAUUACCAUCUAAUUGUUCUGUUCUGUUC